UGGCCCUCGGAUAUACGUUUUGAUCCGAUCUGGCCUUGUGGCGAAGGAGACUUUCUGCACACAGAUACUUAGAGAAUUCAUUGAAACGGACUCGCUGUGAACUGUCUGAGGAGUUGAGCUCACCGAGCAGGUGAUCGUUUGCGCUCAAAUUCACGCUGGAGAUUUGCGCUUGAACAAUGCUUGAAAUCAGUGGUGGAACAUAUUUAUUAUCAUCAUUUGAGUCCUAAAAGAAAGCCUGUGUGGAUUUUCAUUGAGACGUCCUCUGACAGCAUCAGUCAGCUCUGGCUAUUUAUUUCUCCCAGCUCUGAGAAAGCUUGCGGCGCUCUGGAGGAGCGCAGCGCCCCGAAGUGUACCUUUUGUUGUUUGACAAAGUGCUUCAGCUCUCAAGUUAAACUUUGUUCUAAAGUCAAAAUAGUGCACCACGCGACCAGGACAGGGCUUAAAUGUUCGGGAUCCAGGAACAUCUGAUACGAGAAGUGAGCGGAUCAAAAGAGAGAAGUCUUGGAGAGGAGAUGGAUCCAGUCCGGUCCUGGGUGCGUAACGUCGGGGUUGUGGAUGCAAACGUGGCGGCGCAGAGUGGAGUGGCUUUGUCAAGAGCUCAUUUUGAGAAGCAGCCGCCCUCCAAUCUCCGCAAGUCCAACUUCUUCCACUUUGUCCUGGCGCUCUAUGACAGGCACGGCCAACCUGUGGAGGUGGAGAGGACCGCCUUUGUGGACUUUGUUGAGCAUGAGAAGGAGCAGACAGGAGAGAAAACAAACAACGGCACUCACUACAAGCUCCAGCUCCUCUACAGCAAUGGAGUUCGUACGGAGCAAGAUCUUUAUGCACGACUCAUUGACUCUGUCACUAAACAGCCCAUAUCCUAUGAGGGACAAAACAAAAAUCCAGAAAUGUGCAGAGUUCUGCUCACACAUGAGGUCAUGUGCAGCCGCUGCUGCGAGAAGAAAAGUUGUGGCAACCGAAACGAGACGCCCUCUGACCCAGUCAUCAUAGACAGGUUUUUCUUGAAGUUUUUCCUGAAAUGUAACCAGAAUUGUCUGAAGACGGCAGGAAAUCCAAGGGAUAUGAGGAGAUUUCAGGUGGUCUUGUCCAGCACGGUGAGUGUAGAUGGCCACGUCCUAGCAGUGUCUGAUAAUAUGUUUGUGCACAACAACUCAAAACACGGUCGGAGAGCCCGCAGACUGGAGCCAGGCGAGUCUGUUGAGAACACCAUGGAAUAUGCUACCCCAUGUAUCAAAGCCAUCAGUCCCAGUGAGGGCUGGACCACUGGUGGGGCCAUGGUCAUUGUUAUUGGGGAGAACUUUUUUGAUGGGCUGCAGGUGGUGUUUGGCAGCAUGCUGGUGUGGAGUGAGCUGAUCACACCGCAUGCUAUCCGUGUCCAGACACCUCCUCGGCACAUCCCUGGUGUCGUGGAGGUCACACUUUCUUAUAAAUCUAAGCAAUUCUGCAAAGGAGCACCUGGACGCUUUAUCUACACAGCCCUUAAUGAGCCAACUAUAGACUAUGGUUUCCAGCGUCUUCAGAAGGUCAUUCCUCGACAUCCUGGUGACCCGGAGAAACUAGCCAAGGAGAUCCUCCUGAAAAGAGCAGCAGAUCUUGUGGAGGCCCUGUACGGAAAUCCACACAGUAAUCAGGACAUGCUCCUGAAACGUGCAGCUGACAUUGCUGAGGCACUCUACAGUGUUCCCCGUCCUCACAGUCAGUUACAGGCGCUGCCCAGCUCCCCAGCUCAUGGUAGUGUCAUGGGCCUGGGCUCCUACCCUUCUCAGUUAGGUGUCAGCAUCGGGGAGCCGGGACAGAGCAGCCAAGGUUACAUUCGAAACUCCAGCAGUUUGUCUCCCAGGGGUUAUCCCUCUGCCUCCACCCCUCAGCAGUCAAGCUACGGUGCCAGCAGCGGGAUGACUGGAGUUAUGCCCUCCAGCCCCACUAUACCAGGAAGCUCCAGCUCCUCAUCAUCUCUCUUACCUUUCUCCUCAUUCCCAUCUGCUGCUAAACAGAAGAGUGCUUUUGCCCCUGUCCUCAGGCCCCAGGGCUCUCCCUCUCCUGCAUGCCCUGCUUCAGGGGGGAACAGCUUCAGAGCAUUGACGAGCCUGGUUGUUCCCCCGAUGUAGCAAAGCACCCACCCCAAUCUACCCCAGACCACUGCUUCACUUAGCCCCUCUUUUGGCACUGACGGGGCGGGGGAAAUGGAAAAUUGAUCACUAGUGACCAUGUAAAACUUUCCUCCCUGAGCCCACCGCCAUUACUUAGCCCCUUUUUCAUCCAGGUGGAUGAACAGGGCGGGGUAUGAUAAUGUCCAAAGACCAGCCAUCUCCUUCAGAGGCAGAGGAGAUUACUCCACCCACAAAUCAUACUCCUUAGCUAACAGCACCAGACUGGAUCAUAUACUGCUGUGUGUGUAAUGAGGCAUCUUCAUUUUCAAAGGAAAUAGAGCAAAACUGCUCCUGAUUUCACGGUGAGCUUCAAAAGCAGCUGUAUUGAUCUCUGGCCUACUGUCACAAGCCGUUUUUGAUACAGUUACGGAAGUAUUGUGAUGGACAACUCUGAUAUAAUGUUACAGCUCUAAAACGCAGGAUGCUAUUUUAUCUGUGUAUGGACACCUUAAAUGGCAUGUGUGUACAAUGUCUGUGAGUUAGUGAGAGAUUUUUGUAGUAGACUUUUUGCAGACAAUUUACAUUCCAGAAAAAUAGACCCUUUAUUUUUUGUUCUGAUCUCUACAGUUUUACAAGCAAGAACUCUUUGACUCAAGGGUUAUUAC